AUGAAUGAAUCUACUGUGCAUAUAUAUUCCAAAAAACAUGAUGUUAAAGAAGAUAAUAAUGGCGUAGCUAGUACAGAAUCAUGCUCCACGAAAGCUACAGAUGAAAGGCAACGGAAAGAAAAAAGUCCAACAAAAUCAAAAUUAAUGUCAUUAGCUAAUGAAUUAUUUGAUUUUUUCUUAAUUUAUUUGUCACCUUGUGAUAUUGUUCAAUCGUUAAGUGGCAUUAAUAAACGAUUAAAUUUACUUAUCUAUCACUUUAUACAUAGAAUUGAUGUAUCAACAAAGAAAAAACAAUGGUUAAAUAAACAUUUAUUAUCAAUUCAACCUUUAGUAACAAGAAUAAAAUUUGAUCAUUCAGAAUUACAAACAUUGUUUCCAACAACAACAAUAAUUCAUAAUCAAUAUCAUUGUCUUAAAUCAAUAAUAUGGAAUUAUCAAUUUGGUCAUGAUGAUCGUCUAUCUAUAUCCUAUUUAAAUAUAUUUAAAAUAAAAUUAUUAUCAUUAAAUUUAAAUUUAAAUUCAGAUAAUGAUGAAAUUGUUGAUAAUAAUAUUGCAUUAUUAUUAUUACAAAAUGAUUCAUUAAUUGAAAAUUUAAUAUUUAAAGAUAAUAAUAGUUAUAAUUUAUUAUGGUUUUCAUUUAAAUAA